AUGAAGGGCACAGGGAGAGGUGAGGGCCCUUUGUCUUGUGCAGAAAACCAGCCCUCUAUCACCAGGCAGCAAGAACGAAGGGAUGUGUACUCUUUGUUCAUCGUGGGCACCAAACCUUCUGCCAUCAUGAAGGAGAGCAGGCAAAGGGGCGAGAGCUCUUUGUCUUCCUCUUCUGAAGAUGAUGAGCCUUCUCCCACCAGGCAGCGAGUACGAAGGUUUGAGAGCCCUUCUUCUUCAUCCUCCAAAGACAAGCAGCCUUCUACUCCAAGGCGGAAGCAAGCAUGGAGGGGUGAGAGCCCUUCAUCGUCAUCUUCUGAAGAUGACCAGCGUUGUACCACCAGGCUGCGAGUACGAAGGUUUGAGAGCCCUUCCUUUUUAUCCUCUGAAGGCAAGCAGCCUACUACUCGGAAGCGGCAGCAAGCAUGGAGGGGUGAGAGCCCUUCGUCGUCAUCUUCUGAGGAUGACCAGCGUUCUACCUUAAGGCUGCAAGUACGAAGGGAUGUGAGCUCUCUGUUCAUCGUGGGCACCAAACCUUCUGCCAUCAUGAAGGAGAGCAGGCAAAGGGAAGAGAGCUCUUUGUCUUCCUCUUCUGAAGAGGAUGAGCCUUCUACCACCAGGCAGCGAGUACGAAGGUUUGAGAGCCCGUCCUCUUCAUCCUCCGAAGACAAGCACCCUACUACUCCAAGGCGGCAGCAAGCAUGGAGAGGUGAGAGCUCUUCGUCGUCAUCUUCUGAAGAUGACCAGCGUUGUACCACCAGGCUGCGAGUACGAAGGGAUGUGAGCUCUUUGUUCUUCGUAGGCACAAACAUGAAGGAGCGCAGGCGAAAGGGUGAGAGCCCUUUGUCUUGUGCAGAAAACACGCCCUCUACCACCAGUGCAAGAAAGGAGACGGAGAUCAUUGAAAGAGAAAAGCAGCAUUUGGAGGAGGAGGGUUUAAAAAGAGAAAGAGAGAGGUGUGAAAAGAUGAAGAGAAAGAACCAGGAGAAGGAGAGGAAAAUGUUUAGUCCGCGUUCAAGAAUGUACAUUUGGUGGCUCAGUUGCAAGAUAGACAACAUUGCCAGGGACAUCCAAUCGACCUUUGUGGAUGAGCGCUACCUCCUGCGUCAUGAUCCCCUCAGAAAUCCAGAGAAAAUGGCAGAAAAAGAACGGCUGCUUGACCGAGGAGGGAGCUGGUCGGUGUACAAACGCCGAACAAGAAUUUAA